AACCUGCAAACCCUUUCCUCUUCAUCUUCUUCGAAUAUCUCAUCUAUCAGUGAUUUAUCGAAGAAGAAAACAUGGAAGCUUUUCUCCUUUACUCACUUAUCUUUACAGUCCUUUACGUGUUCCUUUCCUUCAUUUACUUCAUCAGUAAGGGCAAUACCUCAAAACAAAACAUCCCGCCGGGCUCCACCGGCUGGCCGGUGCUCGGAGAAAACAUUGACAUGGCGGUGUCCGGGCCGGAGAAAUACAUCUCCGACAGGAUGAAGAAGUACUCGUCGGAGGUUUUCAAGACGUCGAUACUGGGGGAGAAAAUGGCGGUGUUCUGCGGCGCCGCCGGGAACAAGUUCUUGUUCUCGAACGAGAACAGCCUGCUGACCACGUGGUGGCCGCAGUCGCUGACGAAGCCGCUGAUGUGCCCCACCGACGCCCAAAACACCGUCCGGAAGGUGGCGGUUCUCAACCGGGGCUUCAUCCACGAGAUUCUCAAGCCGGAGAAUCUCAAGCACUACGUCCCCAUCAUGGAUUCCUUGGCCAAGGAACAUCUCGCAAAGGAGUGGGCCCCGUUCGGAGAAGUCAAGGUUUACGCUCUCUCCAAAUCCUACACCUUCGCGCUGGCGUGCAAGUUGUUCUUGAGCAUUGAGGGUCACGACGAGGUUAAAAGGUUGUCGGACCCUUUCAUCCUCGUCACCUCCGGCAUGUUCAGCCUGCCGCUAAACCUCCCCGGCACCGCCUACAAUCGCGCCAUGAAAGGCGGCAGCAUGGUGCGCCGUCAGCUCCUGGAGGUGAUUAAGGAGAGGAAGGCGGAGGCGAUGAGUCCCGGUAAGGUGGCGGACGAGGGGCGAGAUUUGCUGGCCCGCCUCCUUAGUGCCACCGAUGAAAAGGGACAACAUAUGAACGAGGAAGAGAUUUGCAACAAUCUUGUCGGACUUCUCAUUGCCAGCUACGAUACUACCAGCGCCGCCAUAACCUUUGUAUUGAAGUAUCUUGCUGAACUUCCCCAUAUUUAUGACCAAGUCUACAAAGAACAAAUGGAGAUUGCCAAGUCGAAGGGACCAAAUGAGAAAUUGAGUUGGGAAGACAUUCAAAAGAUGAAAUAUUCAUGGAAUGUAGCAUGUGAAGCACUAAGGCUAUUCCCACCAGGGCAAGGUGCCUUUAGAGAGACUGUCACUGAUUUUACCUAUGCUGGAUUUACUAUUCCAAAGGGAUGGAAGACGUUUUGGUGUGUGUAUUCAACACACAAGAACCCCAAAUAUUUCUCAGAACCAGAGAAGUUUGAUCCGUCGAGGUUCGAGGGAAAUGGGCCGGCACCCUUCACCUUUGUGCCGUUUGGCGGCGGACCGAGAAUGUGUCCCGGAAAAGAGUACGCCCGGCUGGAAGUACUUGUGGUCAUGCAUAACGUUGUCACCAACUUCAAAAUGGAGAAACUGAUACCGAAUGAGAAGAUAGUCUUUCAUGCAUCGCCGGUUCCGGUCAACAGCCUUCCCGUUAGACUUAUACCCCAUCACAAUUAACUUUUUGUUGCACCACAACAUAUGUAUAAAUAUGCUUAAUAAAAUGAAAUACGGUUAUAAAAUAUAUAUGCGAUAGGGAAUGUUUUAUCUCAAAAAUUUUUACACUCUUUUUCUAUUU